AUGUGCCUGGAGCGUUCCAGGAGGAAAGAAGGCAACCCUCCCUGCGACGGCAGCUCUUCAGGACACCUGCCGCGAAGCAUCGGGGCCGACCGCAGCUGGGAGCGGGAUGCAGGAAUGGAUGGACCACUCCGCGGAUGGCACCAGGCCGAGCCUCUGCUCCUUCUCUGGAUCGAAACCUGCUGUUUUUCAGGGACCCCUUUGGGCAAAAUCCUUUUUUUUUUUUUUAAUGUGGCUCUGUUAUUAACAGGAGCGGAACAGCACGCGUUCGAUGUGAGCGUUUGGCCCGAAAACCCCGUGGUGGAGCACAGAGGAUCUCUCUGGCUGAACUGUAGUACCAGCUGCCGGGAAGCCGAUGCCAGGGGCGGCUUGGAGACGUCGCUUAUCUGGGAGAGGAGAGACAAUGGGAGCAACUGGGCAUCUUUCCAGCUGGCUAACAUCACGGAGUGGGCGUCCGCCCCGGAGUGCUUCUUCAUCUGUGACGGAGAGCGUAAAGCGACGUCCGCAAACAUCACGGUGUAUCGGCUUCCAGAGCUUGUCGAGUUGGAUCCGGUGCCAGCAAUGGAGGUGGGGGAAAACUAUACCUUCACCUGCCGGGUUUCCAGCAUUGCCCCCAUCCGGAACCUGUCCGUGACCUUCCUCCAAGGGGGGAAGAAACUGCACACGUGGACAUUUGAGAAGCACGCUGAGCAUGAAGCUGGCGAUGUUGUGGUGAACCACGCUGUAACUGCUCGACGGACCGACCAUGGGGAGGAAAUCAGCUGCAGUGCGGCCCUGGAUCUGAGACCAGAAGGGCCUCUCUUCGAAAAGGCCUCCCUCAACCAAUUGUUGAAGACUGUCGCUUUCCCGACGGGUCCCCGGCUCCAAAUCCCACCCUACGUAGAGGCCGACGACGACAUGGCUGUGACAUGUGAUGUGGUCGGGGUUUUCCCAGCCAACCAGGCUGAGUUUGACCUCACCUUCAUGGGGACGGGACUGAACGUCAACGUCACAGUGUCGGGGGACACAGCCAGGGCCCAAGCACAGGUGUCCCUCUCAAAUAUCGGAGAAGAGAAAUUGAACUGCACCGUGUCCCUGGGACCAAUGGUCAAAUCAGCAGUGGGAUCAGUGAACGUUUACAGUUUCCCAGAGCCCUCCUUGGAAAUCCGCCCAUCUCAGGUUCUUGCAAAUAAUCCUGUGGCUGUCACAUGCGACUCCCCAGCUACCCAGCCACCAAAUGUUUCUCUUCUGAUUAAAAAUUAUUUGGGGAGAAUCCUGGCAUCUGGCGACCAUCUCCCUCUGCAGCUCCACCUGACAGCUCAGGAGGAAGACGACGGGAUGGAAUUUGUGUGCGAGGCAGAGCUGGCCGUUGGUGGAAACACAGUCACAAAGCGCGCGUCUGCCAAUCUUACCGUCUUCUAUGUGCCCAAAAUGGAUGAGUCCACCUGCCCUGGCAACCGCACGUGGGUCGAGGGGACACGGCAGAGGCUCCGCUGCACAGCUAAGGGGAACCCCGAGCCGUCUGUGGCUUGCAUGAAAGACGGCGUCGCUCAGGCCGUGGACGAGGAGGAGGAAGUGGCUCGGACCCACGGAGGCCUCUACAAUUGCACAGCCACGAGCGGGCUCGGCACCACCAGCAGAACGGUUGUCGUCCACGUGGAAUACGGGCCUCAGCUGGAUGAAUCUCGCUGCCCAAGCAGCCAAAUCUGGGUGGAAGGUAGACUGCAGCAGCUCAACUGCCAAGCUGAUGGGAUGCCCGUCCCCGAGGUCUCCUGCACAAAAGACGGCGAGGUCUACGACACCGGGAAACUGCAGAACAUCACUCAAAGCCAUGCUGGAGUCUACCACUGCAACGCCACCAAUGCGCAUGGAUCGAGGGGCAAGAUUGUCACUGUCAAGGUUGAGUAUGGGCCUGCAAUGGACGAUUCCAGCUGCCCCGAUAAUUGGACGUGGAGGGGAGGGACUGAGCAAGCCCUCGUCUGCUCUGCAAAGGGCAGCCCAGAACCAGUGGUGGAGUGUGCGAAAGACGGCGCGGCUUUCCACCUCGGGGUUCUCCAGCACAUCACCAAAGAACACGCCGGCACGUAUCGCUGCACGGCCACAAAUGUACAUGGCUCUGUUGCCAGGGAUGUGACCAUCCAUGUGGAAUAUGAGCCAGAAAUGGACGAAUCCAACUGUCCAAGUAACUGGACCUUGGUGGAAGGGGCACUGCCCGCCUUUGCCUGCAAAGCCGAAGGGGUACCGCCACCCACGGUGAUCUGUACCAAGGACGGUGUCUCGUACCCCCUUAGCCAAGGAGAGGGGAUCCCUGCCGACAGUGGGAUCUUCUGGUGCAAUGCUACCAACCGUCAUGGGACAGCGGCCAAGUCGGUCACAGUGGUGGUGGAAACCAAGCCUAAGAUGGAGGAGUCCCGUUGCCCCAGCAACCAGACCUGGCUGGAAGGGACCCUGCGGUCCGUGGCCUGCGAAGCCGAUGGGACCCCCACCCCGCUGGUCCUUUGCUUCAAGGAGGGAGCCACCGAGGAGUUCCACCAGGAGCAGAACAUCAGUAGGAACGACUCGGGGGUCUACCAGUGUGAAGCCACGAAUGGCCACGGGACGGACAGGUGGACGGUGACGGUGCAGGUGGAAUACAGGCCUACCAUCUCCCUUCUGGCCGUCAGUGCUUCUUUGCCCAUCAGAAGGGGAACCAGCUUCAACGUCACCUGCCAGGCUGAUGGGUCCCCCCCUGCCGUUUACACCUGGAGGGUGCCUCCGGCCUCCAACCUCAACUACGCCGGCUCCAACAACGUGGUGACCAUCACCGGGGCGGGCGGACAGAACAGCGGUGUCUAUGAGUGUACGGCCAGCAACAAACACGGGCAGCACCUGAGCCAGGUGGAAAUCCAGGUGAAAGAUCAUUGGCUAUAUAUCAUUGUCGUCGUUGCCAUCGCCAGUGCCGCCAUGUUGGUCCUGGGCGGAAUGGCCGGGGUGAUCUACUACCUCAAGUCCACGGCCUGCAAGAAAGGCGAGUACAACGUCCGGGACGCAGAGAAUUCGACCGAAGCCACCUGCUUAAACCGCGAGAGGGCCUGCGAUGGAGACAUCUACGGCAUACAGCUUACGAGGACCUGA